GCUUAAGGUGCCAUCAUGAGCACAGACGCAGAGAUGGAGGCCUAUGGCCCUGCGGCCAUUUACCUCCGGAAGCCUGAAAAGGAGAGGAUUGAGGCUCAGACUGCUCCAUUUGAUGCCAAAACAGCCUACUUUGUGGUUGAUCCUGAUGAGAUGUAUCUCAAGGGUAAACUUGUCAAAAGAGAGGGUGGCAAAGCCACGGUUGAGACACUUACAGGAAAGACUAUUACUGUAAAAGAGGAUGACAUCCAUCCCAUGAACCCUCCCAAGUUUGAUAAAAUUGAGGACAUGGCCAUGAUGACCCACCUCAAUGAGCCUGCUGUGUUGUAUAACCUCAAAGAGCGCUUUGCAUCAUGGAUGAUUUACACCUACUCUGGCCUUUUCUGUGUCGUUGUGAAUCCCUACAAGUGGCUUCCUGUGUACGAUGCUCAGGUUGUUGUGGCAUACAGAGGCAAGAAGAGGAUUGAGGCUCCACCUCACAUCUUCUCCAUUUCUGAUAAUGCCUACCAGUUCAUGCUCACCGAUCGUGAGAACCAGUCUGUCCUUAUCACUGGAGAAUCUGGUGCAGGAAAGACUGUCAACACCAAGCGUGUCAUCCAAUACUUUGCAACAAUUGCAGUGGCUGGACCCAAUAAGAAGGCGGAGUCUGGCAAAAUGCAGGGUUCGCUGGAAGAUCAAAUCAUUGCAGCCAAUCCUCUGCUGGAGGCCUACGGUAAUGCUAAGACUGUGAGGAAUGACAACUCCUCUCGCUUUGGUAAAUUCAUCAGAAUUCACUUUGGCUCUACUGGCAAGCUGGCCUCAGCUGAUAUUGAAACAUAUCUGCUGGAGAAGUCCCGCGUCACAUUCCAGUUGUCUGCUGAGAGGAGCUACCAUAUCUUCUACCAGCUGAUGACUGGCCACAAGCCUGAGCUCCUGGAGGCUCUUCUGAUCACCACCAACCCCUAUGACUACCCAAUGAUCAGUCAGGGUGAAAUCACUGUCAAAAGCAUCAAUGAUGUGGAGGAGUUCAUCGCAACAGAUACAGCUAUUGACAUCUUGGGCUUUAGUGCGGAUGAGAAGGUUGCCAUCUACAAACUGACUGGCGCUGUGAUGCAUCAUGGAAACAUGAAAUUCAAGCAGAAGCAGCGUGAGGAGCAGGCUGAACCUGAUGGCACUGAGGAGGCUGAUAAAAUUGCUUAUCUCAUGGGCCUGAACUCAGCUGAUAUGCUGAAAGCUCUGUGCUACCCAAGAGUCAAAGUCGGAAAUGAGUUUGUGACCAAAGGUCAAACUGUUCCACAGGUCAACAAUUCUGUCAUGGCUCUGUGCAAGUCCGUCUAUGAGAAAAUGUUCUUGUGGAUGGUCGUCCGUAUUAAUGAGAUGCUGGACACAAAGCAGCCAAGACAGUUCUUCAUUGGAGUGUUGGAUAUUGCUGGAUUUGAGAUCUUUGAUUUCAACAGCUUGGAGCAACUCUGCAUCAACUUCACCAACGAGAAACUGCAACAGUUUUUCAACCACCACAUGUUUGUCCUGGAGCAAGAGGAGUACAAGAAAGAAGGCAUUGAAUGGGAGUUCAUUGACUUUGGUAUGGACUUGGCUGCCUGCAUUGAGCUUAUUGAGAAGCCAAUGGGCAUCUUCUCCAUCCUUGAAGAGGAGUGCAUGUUCCCCAAGGCUACAGACACCUCCUUCAAGAACAAGCUGCAUGAUCAGCAUCUUGGCAAGACCAAGGCCUUUGAGAAGCCAAAGCCCGCAAAGGGCAAGGCUGAGGCUCACUUCUCCCUGGUUCACUAUGCUGGUACAGUGGACUACAAUAUCACUGGCUGGCUGGACAAGAACAAGGACCCUCUGAAUGACUCAGUUGUUCAGCUGUACCAGAAAUCUUCAAACAAACUGCUGGCCUUCCUGUAUGCAGCUCAUGCUUCAGCUGAAGAUGCAUCUGGCGGCGGUGGUAAGAAGGGUGGUGGAAAGAAGAAGGGUGCUUCGUUCCAGACUGUGUCUGCUCUUUUCAGGGAGAACUUGGGCAAGCUGAUGACCAACUUGAGGAGCACUCACCCUCACUUUGUGCGCUGCCUGAUUCCCAAUGAAACAAAGACCCCAGGUCUUAUGGAGAACUUCUUGGUCAUCCACCAGCUGAGGUGUAACGGUGUGCUGGAAGGCAUCAGAAUUUGCAGAAAGGGCUUCCCCAGCAGAAUCCUCUAUGGUGACUUCAAGCAGAGAUACAAAGUAUUGAAUGCCAGUGUCAUCCCUGAGGGACAGUUCAUUGACAACAAGAAAGCUUCAGAGAAGCUGUUGGGCUCCAUUGAUGUGGACCACACUCAGUACAAGUUUGGACACACUAAGGUUUUCUUCAAAGCUGGUCUGCUGGGUACCCUGGAGGAGAUGAGAGAUGAGAAACUGGCUGAGCUGGUGACCAUGACUCAGGCUCUCUGCAGAGGAUAUGUCAUGAGGAAAGAGUUUGUAAAGAUGAUGGAGAGGAGAGACGCAAUCUUCACCAUUCAGUACAACAUCCGUUCAUUCAUGAACGUGAAAAACUGGCCAUGGAUGCAUCUGUACUUCAAGAUCAAGCCUCUUCUGAAGAGUGCUGAGACUGAGAAGGAGUUGGCUCAGAUGAAGGAGAACUAUGGGAAGAUGCAAUCAGACCUGGCUGCUGCUUUGGCCAAGAAGAAGGAGCUGGAGGAGAAGAUGGUUUCCCUGCUGCAGGAAAAGAAUGACCUGCAACUGCAAGUAGCAGCUGAAACUGAGAAUCUCUCUGAUGCUGAGGAAAGGUGUGAAGGUUUGAUUAAAAGCAAGAUCCAGCUGGAGGCCAAACUCAAAGAGACAACUGAGAGACUGGAGGAUGAGGAGGAAAUCAAUGCUGAGCUGACUGCCAAGAAGAGGAAGCUGGAGGAUGAAUGCUCUGAGCUGAAGAAGGACAUUGAUGACUUGGAGCUCACCUUGGCUAAAGUGGAGAAGGAGAAACAUGCCACAGAAAACAAGGUGAAAAACCUGACAGAGGAGAUGGCAUCUCAAGAUGAGUCCAUUGCCAAGUUAACCAAGGAGAAGAAAGCCCUCCAAGAGGCCCACCAGCAAACACUGGAUGAUCUCCAGGCAGAGGAGGACAAAGUCAACAGUCUGACCAAGGCCAAGACAAAGCUGGAACAGCAAGUGGACGAUCUUGAGGGAUCACUGGAGCAAGAGAAGAAGCUCCGCAUGGACCUUGAGAGAGCCAAGAGGAAGCUUGAGGGAGAUCUGAAACUGGCCCAGGAAUCCAUAAUGGAUCUGGAGAAUGACAAGCAGCAAUCUGAGGAGAAAAUCAAGAAGUAG